AUGCGCUGCAAGAUACCCGCCAUUGGCCCCCAAGCAAGACUCUAUUCGACGGAGCGACCACCGAAGGAUUCAGACACGAGCUCUAGGACGAAUAAGGAUGUCGAGGCUGAACUUGAAUCGAUCCUCAAACCUCGGCCCAAUAUUCUAAAAGAGCUUCAACCGCCUGCCGAGAGGCCGAAACUACAAGAUAUCAAGUCCACUGAUACCACAUCCCAAAGCGCCACCCUUCAAGACACGAAACCCCAGGCACCCAAACUCGAGGAUGUCAAAGCCGAAACCUCAAAACACGACGAUGCCGCUCAAUCAGAUGAAGCUCGCUCAGCCGCCCAGAACCUCCAUAAGCUCCGAAACCGCACGCUAGAUAGUGUGAACGAGUUGAAGGAGAAGUUUAGUCAGGCUAUGGAUAGACUUCAAUCAAGGGCUAUGAACGCUUCACAAACCCUCAACGACAUUACUGGAUACACUAGCAUCGAAAUCAUCAAGCGUCAGAAUGCCAAGUUGGAAACUGAUCUUGCGGAGGCUCAUGAGCUAGUACGCAAUGCUCGACAUGAAUACAAGACAUCAAACGCCAGCCGUGCGGCAACACAACGCGAGGUCACAACAUUACUGGCGCGGAAAGAUAGCUGGUCUCCUGUCGAUCUUGAACGCUUUACCGAGCUGUACCGUGCGGACCAUACCCUGGAGGGCAAGGUAGCAACAUCGCAGGAAACUCUUACGGAAGCCGAGAUUGAGGAGCAACGUCUCAGCCAACAACUCAAUGCAGGUAUCCUAAAACGUUAUCACGAGGAACAAAUCUGGAGCGAUCGCAUCCGAAGGGCAAGCACUUGGGGUACCUGGGGCCUGAUGGGCAUGAACUUUAUACUUUUUGUGAUACUCCAGUUUAUCGCAGAGCCCUGGAAGAGAAGGAGACUGGUUAGGGGCGUUGUGGCCGAAGAGAUGGCUGUGCUUCAGGAGGUUCGUGGCGAGCUUGAGCAAGUCAAGCUGGCCAUUGAAAGCCAAAACCAGCCCGCUGCUUCUGCCGCUUUUGCUUCAGCUGUCGAGGCAACUCGAGAAUUGGAGGCUGAGCCAAUCGCGGAGGCUGCGGUGUCGGAGGAGAUAUUGCCUGCUGAGGGUCUCCUAUCGGUGGAGGAAGCCGAGCCCAGCAAGGUACCUUUUGCUUCGACCGCUGAACAAGUGGCUGAAGCGCCUCUUCUUUAUACUCUGCCUAUUUUGCCCACGAGAACAUGGGAAGAAGUCCUGAGAGAUCCCGAGUGGUGGAGAGCCAUGAAAGAUCCCGAGUGGUGGAGAGCCAAGGCAGAAGACCUCUGCAGCGAGCGAUGGAUAGACAUGCGUAUGCGAGACGCUUCGUUAUUGGUGUUGGAGGGAGCAUUGGCCGGAGCCGUGUGCGCGGGAAGCAUCGUGCUACUCAUGGUGCGGAGAUCAUGA